AUGUCGCAAGAUCCUCGUGCCCUUCUCCAAAAGGCCCAGAAGCAGCUGCAAGAUGCCGGCAAGGGCUUCAGCUUUUUCGGUGGUCGCGAGGAGAAGUACCAAAAUGCCGCAGAUGCGUUCGUCGAAGCUGCGAAUGCCUUCAGAAUGCAGAGCCAAAGUAUUGAGGCCGGAAAAGCAUUCGAGCAGGCCGCCGAGGUUUUCAUCAACAACCUAAACGAGCCCGACGAUGCAGCAAAUGUAUACGCCGACGCAUUCAAGGCCUAUCGCAAAGACGACCCGCAAGCCGCCAUCCGCUGCCUGAACAAGGCUAUCGACCGUUACUGCGCCAAGGGCAACUUCCGCCGUGCCGCCACCCACAAGGAGACCGUCGCUGAAAUGUACGAGGAGCUGGGGGAUGCCAAGAGUGCCCUUGCUGCUUACGAGGCAGCAGCAACUUGGUUCGAGGGAGACAAUGCAAAUGCCCUGGCAAACAAGCUCUGGCUCAAGCUGGCAGACUUGGCUGCCCGUGAAGAGGAUUACUAUAAGGCCAUCGAGAACUACGAGAAGGUUGCACAGCAAUCCAUCAACAACAACCUGAUGAAGUACAGCGUGAAGGACUACUUCUUGAAGGCAGGAAUUUGCCACCUGGCAACAAAGGAUCUGGUCGCCGCUCAACAAGCCCUUGAGCGAUACGCCGAAAUGGACCCGUCGUUCACGCAGCAGAGGGAGUUUAUGCUUCUCAAGGACCUCCUCGACGCCGUGGAGGCCAAGAGUCAGGAUCAGUUCACAGACAAGUUAUUCCAGUUUGACCAAAUCAACAAGCUGGAUAACUGGAAGACGACUCUUCUGGUUCGAGUGAAAAAUUCGAUUGAGGAACCUGAUGACGAGUUUGCUUAG